AUGGUUUAUGCGCUGACUUCCCGAAUGACUCAAGCUACAUACGAGUCAUUCUUGAGGAUUGUUCGUGAGGUUUUGCCAUUGAAUUAUGCCCAGUUAACAAACAUAUCUGAUUAUGAAAGGGGGUUAAUAAAUGCAGUAGAAUCAACCUUUCCUGAAAGCAGAUUUCAGGGUUGUUGGUUCCAUUACUGUCAAGCUAUUGUAAGGUAUUGUAGAAGAAGUCUAAAUAGUAUUUACCAUUUAUUCCAAUCGAACCCUGAGGCAGCUACAAUAUUGCGCAUGAUCUUAGCUUUACCACAUUUACCUGCUCAAGUACAUCCCAAUUGUACAUUUACAAUACAUGAUGGAUUUUGGGUAAUUGUUGAAUUUGCCAAUCAAUAUCCGAAUAUUUAUCAACAGAUGGAAGUAUUUCUGAAUGGUUAUAUUCAGGAAUUUUGGCUGACACAAAUUGGCGCUGCCUCUAUAAGCGUCUAUGGUUCAGAUAUACGCACCAACAAUUACCUAGAGUCAUUUCACGCUAUGUUACUCAAUCAAAUGGGAAAACAUCCAAAUAUUUGGGAUUUUUUGCAAAAAUUGUUGUUGAUUGAAAAUCAAUUUUACGUUGAGAUGGACCAAGUUCGAAGAAAUCUAACAGUAAGAAAUCAUACAUCUAGAGUACAACGGUCAGAUGCUACUCAGAGGGUUAGAGAGUAUAUUGAUACUCUCAAUGACGAUGGGAAUCUCUUAAUGUUUCUCCAAAGAGCAGGCCAUAUGAUGGAUGGGUAUCUGCAUGGACAAAUUGGCCCACAGCCAUGA